AUGAUUGACUAUAUUCUGUACCAGGGUGACCUCAGGUAUGCUUUCAAAGAUGUCAAAGUCAUCAGAGGAGCUGAACUAGACACUGACCAUAGGUUACUAGUGGCAGAUACUGGAUUUGCAGAGAGGAAGGUCGAGCGACAGCGAGCAUACACAAGAAUAAAGCAUGAAGAACUAAGGUGUAUUGAGAACAGAGAAAGAUACAAAACAGAGUUGUCAGACCAGAUUGCAAAUAUGCAGAACAACUGUAAUAAUGUAGAUAGUUUCUGGAAUGAGCUGAAAGUUGCUAUUACAGGUGCUGCAAAGGGAGUGUGUGGCGAAAAAAGGCUGGGAAGGUUUAAGAGAAGGAUAAGAUGUUGGACAGAGGAGGUUCAGAUGAAAGUGAAAGAGAAAAAGAAAGCAUACAGAAAUUACAUGAUGACUAAGAGGCAGGAGGAGUACAGAAUGUAUGUUGAGAAAAGGAAUGAGGCAAAGAGAACUAUAAGGUUGGCAAAAACUAAUUCAUGGGAAGAAUUUGGUCAAGAUCUGCAACACCAACAUGGACAUGAUAAUGGUCGUUCAUUUUGGAAAAUUGUCAAGUGUUUAAAAGAAAAAUUUGGAAAGCAGAUCAGAACAAUAGCUGAUGAAGAAUGA